CGUCGAGGACGCCCGUUGACAGUCAGCCUCCGCGUACUCCCACAACAGGAUCUCGUUGCAUUGCUAGUCUGCCACUUUGAACACGGAGGAUGCUAACUUGUCGUGUCCUUAGCAGCUGCAAACGGUAUUCCUACCAAUUUCCCAUCCCCUACCAUGGCGAUUCCAAUUCCCCAUGUUCAGCCUUCGUCGUCUGGAUCGGAGGUUUCUCGCCAAGCUCCAUCUGACCUUGUGGCCGCAGCUCCUCCAGCUAUGAGCGACAAUAGGAACAUUGUUCGUCGGAAGCUGACGGGCUAUGUUGGCUUUGCCAACCUGCCCAAUCAGUGGCACCGCAAGAGCGUCCGGAAGGGCUUCAACUUCAACGUCAUGGUUGUCGGUGAAUCCGGCCUCGGCAAGUCGACUCUCGUCAACACACUCUUUAACACUUCGCUCUACCCCCCCAAGGAGCGCAAGGAGCCCAGCCUGGAUAUCAUCCCGAAGACGGUUACUAUCCAGUCUAUCAGCGCGGAUAUUGAGGAGGCGGGCGUGCGCCUGCGGCUGACCGUGGUUGACACACCUGGCUUUGGCGACUUUGUCAACAAUGAUGAGUCGUGGCGUCCAAUCGUCGACAACAUUGAGCAGCGCUUCGAUGCCUACCUAGAUGCCGAGAACAAGGUCAACCGCAUGAACAUUGUCGACAACCGCAUUCACGCGUGUGUCUUCUUCAUCCAGCCGACCGGCCACUCUCUGAAGCCUCUGGACAUCGAGGUCAUGAAGCGCCUGCACACCAAGGUCAACCUAAUUCCGGUUAUUGCCAAGGCCGAUACCCUCACUGACGAGGAGGUCGCUGCCUUCAAGGCCAGAAUUCUUGCCGACAUCAAGUACCACAAGGUUCAAAUCUUCGAGGGGCCGCGCUACGAGCUCGAUGACGAGGAGACCAUUGCGGAGAACAACGAGAUCAUGUCCAAGGUCCCCUUCGCCGUUGUUGGCGCUAACAACGAGGUCACCAACGCCGAUGGGCGCAAGGUCCGCGGCCGUAGCUAUCCUUGGGGUGUCAUCGAGGUGGACAACGAGGAGCACUGCGACUUCGUCAAGCUCCGCCAGAUGCUCAUCCGCACCCACAUGGAGGAGCUGAAGGAGCACACCAACAACACCCUCUACGAGAACUACCGGACAGACAAGUUGAUCGCUAUGGGCGUCUCGCAAGACCCGAGCGUUUUCAAGGAGGUCAACCCUGCCGUCAAGCAGGAGGAGGAGCGCAACCUUCACGAGCAGAAGCUCGCCAAGAUGGAGGCCGAGAUGAAGAUGGUCUUCCAACAGAAGGUGUCUGAGAAGGAAUCCAAGCUGAAGCUGAGCGAGGAGGAGCUGUAUGCCCGCCAUCGGGAGAUGAAGGAGCAGCUGGAGCGCCAACGGCUCGAGCUCGAGGAGAAGAAGUCGAGGAUCGAGAGCGGACGGCCUCUGGAGAAGGAGCCCAAGAGGAAGGGGUUCUCUCUCCGAUAAUCUCGCCGACCCUCCCCUUCUCUUUUCCACGACCUGUCUCAGUAUCAUGAUGCCACAACAAAUACCA